GACCAAAAAAAGUUCAAAGAAAGAAAAAUUUACAUCUUAUAAAAAAGCACACACCCCCACAUAUUCACCAAGACAAUAUGGCUGACGCGACAGAGAAAGCCGAGCACGACCGUAUAUUCAAGAAAUUUGAUGCUAACGGGGACGGAAAAAUUUCAGCAGCCGAACUUGAAGAAGCUCUUAAGACACUUGGCUCAGUAACGCCUGAUGACGUCAAGCGUAUGAUGGCUGAAAUUGAUACUGAUGGUGAUGGAAACAUAUCGUAUCAAGAAUUCACUGAUUUUGCAGAUGAAUCAAGAAAGGCUUUGACUUCCAAUGACUGUGGACUUUUUGCAUUGGUGGAAGUUCUUGAGAAUGGGACGCUGCAAGGUCGGGAAUACGCAGUAGGUUCGUUAUUGACAUUGUGUCAAAGCAACAUGAGUAAAUAUAGAGAACCAAUUCUCAGUGAAGGCGUAAUACCGAGCUUAUUAGAGCUCACAGUAAAAGGAACACCGAAAUCUCGAACAGAAGCUAAAAGAUUUCUCUGUUUGUUAAGAGACUCAAGGAGUCCAAGAUCAGAGUUUCAGCUUGAUGCAUUAGAAAAAUUAGUGUCAGACAUAAUCUCUCACAUUAAUGGAUAUGAUCAAUGCGGUAAAGCGAAGAAGAUGCUCGCUGAAAUGGUUCAAGUGAACAUGUAGAAGACCUUGAAGCAUUUGCAAGAGCCGGACCAACCAAUUCUGGG